GUGUAAUUUACCCAGUAGUAAUGGAUCGUUGGCAGAACCGUGUGGCUGCAGUAACCGGAGCUAGUGCUGGUAUAGGAUGGGCCAUAGCUAAAGGACUUCUUCAAUCUGGAAUGAUUGUGGUUGGCAUGGCAAGACGUGUUGAUAGAAUGGAAGAACUCAAAUCAACGCUUGCCGAAAAUUUGAAAGGAAGAUUCCAUGCUUGUAAGUGUGAUGUUAGUAAUGAAAAGGAAAUAGUAUCGGCCUUCAAGUGGAUAGAUGAUAAACUUGGUGGCGCAGAUGUGCUGGUGAAUAAUGCGGGGGUGCUUAAAACGGCACUACUCAUCGAACCCGGUAAUACUCAGAUUAUCCGCGAUGUUGUUGAAACGAACAUUAUAGGUUUGAUCGUAUGUGCACGGGAAGCUUAUCAAUCAAUGAAGAGACGAAACGUUGAUGGUCAUAUUGUUAACAUGAAUAGUGUAGUAGGUCAUGGAGUCCCGGUCGGAGUUGGUACUUUGACCACAUACAACGUCUACCCGGCAACAAAACAUGCAGUAACAGCACUUACUGAAACAUUCCGCAUUGAGUUGUUGAAUGAAAACAGCAGAGUUAAAUUGACGAGCAUUAGUCCUGGAGCUGUACGGACGGAUAUAUUUAAUGAUCCAGACUUAUUGAAGAAGCCAAUACCAUUUCUGGAACCCGAUGACAUUGCAAAUAGCGUAGUGCAUGUGAUUUCUACUCCAAAGCACGUUGAGAUCAAAGAGCUUACCAUCAAGCCGCUUGGAGAGCGAUUCUAAUGCUGAGAGAGAAAAUGAAGGCGAUUAGGUAUAUAAGUGCCAUAGGAUUGAAGCAUCGCAAAUAAAUAAAUAAACGGCAAUAAUGAUGAUUGCGCGAAAACAAGAAAUGAGUGAGUUCCCUGAUAGUUGAGAUACGUUUCUACAGUCACAAUUU